UAAAAAUUUGCUGUAACUCAUGCAGUAAAAUACUGUGAUUUACAACAGUAAUAUGUUGUAAUAACGAUUUUACGAUAAUUAACUGUAUAAGUACGUUGCUGUACAGUAUAUUGCUGUAAACAUCAGUGUCGUAGAGCAUGGGAACAAAUAUCUACAGUAAGCUAGUGUAAAGGAGCGUGCAAAAAGCAUUGUGGGAUACAGCGCACAUGCGCAUUAGGCGGAUCGGCUGCAUAUGCGCGUAUGCGUUGCACGUGAUUGGCUCCCGCGCUAGCCCGCCACGCCGCGCCGCCAUUUUUAAUUUUCUGCAAAGAUUUGAGCUGAGAUAUAUAGCUGAGCUGGCCGCCGGCCUGAUCCUGAGCAACGAAUCUGAAUCUGUUCUGUUCCUGGUCCUGAUCCUCGAGCUGGGAUAUUGAUGACCAAUAAGUCAAUUCCAAGGGGAUCCGAGUAUGCCAUGGAUUACUGCUGAAGUCACACAGUGUGCAUGCUGAAACACUAAUCAGACGGAUGCUCUACAUGGACAUCAUAUACCCAUGUACGUUUGUAAGCUAUGUAAUCAUUCUUCUGGAUCAUUGAAGCGGUUUUCUGAACACUUUUCAGUCCAUAGAAAUGUGGUGAAUUUCGAUUUCCCGUGUGGUGUUCCUGGCUGCAAUCGAACAUUCAGAAAUUAUUCAUCCUUCAAAACCCAUGUGCAUAGGGAUCAUCAACCAUUUUCAAGAAAAAAAGAUGCCCAGUUUUUCUGCGUUUCUACCUGGAAUUGUCCACUCUGUGCUGUAAAAUGUGAGGAAAUCCAUGACAUACUUUCUCAUCUUAGAAUUCAUAUCAAACACGGAGUUGAAAUACGCUGUCUUUUUGCCAAUUGCAAAAAACGUUUUUCAGUGAGGUCGUCUUUUGCGUCACAUAUAUCAAGAGUUCACAAUAAGUUAGACCAGAUUCAGUUAGACUCAACUUCAAGUGAAACUGGUACUGUGUUAACUGAAUCCGCCCAAGAAAAUAAUCAGGAGUUUCCUGGAAGACUGCACUCAAGUGACGAGGAAAGUGUGACAGAUGAUGAAGUAGAUGUAUCCGCUGACUCAUUCAAACACAGCUUAUCCUUGUUUUAUCUGAAGUUGGAGGCAAAAUUACUACUGCCCAACUCUACAAUUCAGGAAAUAAUUGACACAGUUCAGGAUAUUCAUGCAUUAAGCCAACAAAAUUUGAUACCAAAAUUAAAAAAGAAACUUGAAGGAAUAGGAAUUACCGAUGAUGAGGUUACCAACGUUUUAACUUUAUUUAAAUCUGAGGAUUUGUUCAGUGCUUCAAAUUGUAAAGAAUUUCGAUCAGAGUCUACAAGAAAAUCACAUUUUAAAGCAGUUUUUGAUUAUGUUUCCCCAACUGAGAUAUAUUUAGGAGAAGAUCAGUUUGGCAAACAGCGAUUUUGCCAAUACAUUAAAAUUCAAGACACACUAAGAGCAUUAUUCAAGCAGAACUCAUUUAUCAAAGAUUACAAAGAGACUCAUAAAGCUCAACCUGCUUUACAAAGGACCAUUCUACGUGAUGUUUAUGAUGGCAGAGCAUUCCCAAAAGAUGAGCCUUUGCAUAAAAACUCAGCAGUAACACUCAUAUUGUACCAAGAUAUAUGUUACGUUAUAUGGUAAUAUGUUUUUUUAUCAUAUUUAAUACGUAGCAAUAUUGUAGCUAAACGAAUUUCAUAAUUUUAUGUUUUCAUUUUACAUGUACACAAAUUGAUCAUAUUUUCUAUUUUCUUUGUUCAUUGUGCACAUUGGUAAUUCUAUUUCAUUAAUUUCUGUAUAUCAUGUAUAUUUUCUUAUUGUCAAGUAUGUUUUACGGUUUUUGUUAUUUUGCACAGCCCCUUUGUAAACCAGCCGAGUAGCUGAAUAGGGCUUUUACCGUCAAUAAAUCAAUCAAUCAAUCAAUUGAAUGACAGCUCAUGAAGUUGAAACAAGUUUCUGUGCAGAAUUGGCAUGUAAAUGAGACAAAAAUACAGAAGAAUAUGAAACACGUAUUAAAGAUUACAAGUUUAAUAUAACAGAGCAACUCAAAUUAAAUGGGGUAUUAGUUCAAAAGAUAAAUUAAACAAAAAUAAAGUGAGUAAUGUCUUUUGGAGAGAUUCUACCAGGUAUAGAGAGUUUUCCUUGAUUCUGCCAGGUAUAUGGAGACUUUUCAUUGAUUGUAUUCUGAUAGUAGUUGUCGUUUAAUAGUGGCUUUAAAGGAAGAUAAAAGUGUAUAAAAUAUGUCUUGUUUACAAUUGAAGAUAAUUCUUUACAAUAGUUUUUUACAAUUCAGAAUUUUAAAGUGAACAUAUUGUUGUCUGUUCGACAAAUAAUUUUUGACCCAAGAAAGUGCAGUGCCCCUAAGCCAUACGUUGUGAUUUAGCAUAUCAAUGCCUUAAAGCCGCUAUGUCUGCACAAUUGCAUGUGUUAUUCUGUCGUAUAAUUAAAUUAAUGCUAGGUCGGGUGAAUGAUUUUUUUUAAAGCCAUAUUGGUUGGGAUUAAGCAAGUUAUGUGUAUUUCAGAAUUGGUAUAAUCUAAACAAUUUUUUCAAGAAUUUUUGAGAUACUGGAAGGAUGACUAUGGGUCUGUAGAUUCUUGAGUACUUGAACUUUUGCAGUUUUUAGUGGUUUUACUUGUUUUAAUGUUUUACUUGAUAGUUUCUUUGCAAGCAUUUUCAUAAUGUUACACUAUUUGAGAAACUUGUUUUAUGGAGCGUUGAUUACCCAAUAAAGACUUUAAUAAUGA